UACCCUAGUGGGAGUUUUCUGUUAAUAUCAGAAUGAUUAAGAUAUAUUGCAUCUGAUAAUAUAUACCAAGUGAUGUGAUUUUAACUUGAAUGAGGCUUUUAUAAAAUCUCAUAGUUAUGGGAAUGAGUGUGGUUGGGCAGGACCAUAGUAGUCUGCCACCUUCCCUGGGCGUAGUGCUACCCAAGACUGGUGAGAAGCCGUGUGGCAGCGUAAGUGAGCUGGUUAGUGCCUCGAGCUCCCCUGGGUUAGCACUCGAAAUGGAGUCUACUAAAAGCUCAGGAAUGUCAACUGGACCAGUUGCAGAUGAUGGAAGAGAGUUUAUCUGUGGAUGGGGUGCUGCAUUUAUUAAUAUUACUGUCACAUUUCCAAUGAACAAGUUGAUGUUUCGCCAGAUGCUCCAUGGGAUAUCCACAUCAAAUGCUAUGAGUCAGCUGAAACGAGAGGGACUGAAGAAUCUUUACCGAGGGAUUUUACCUCCUCUGUGCCAAAAAACAGUGUCAACAUCCAUUAUGUUUGGGAUGUAUGACCAGUAUAGCAGAUUAUUGAAAUUUUAUUUUCCACAGCUUUCAGAUAAAACGACCUUAGCAGUAGCAGCCACAUUAGCAGGAUGUACCGAGGCAGUUUUGUGCCCUUUUGAAAGAAUUCAGACACUUCUGCAAGAUAAAAAGUUCCAUGGAAAAUAUAAGAAUAGCCUACACAUUGCACAAGAGUUACGAAAGUUUGGCGCAAGGGAGUACUACAGAGGAAUGUUCUCCAUCCUGAUGCGGAACGGACCAAGCAACGUCCUGUUCUUCGGCCUGAGGAAGGAGAUAAAGGAGCGAUUACCGGAUCCUGGAAGUUCCUGGUGGGGACACAUUCUGACAGACUUUGCGUCAGGGGCUUUCCUUGGAGCAUUCAUCUCCACUGUCAUGUACCCAGUCAAUGUCAUCAAAGCCCAUCAACAGUGUCAAGUGGGUGGUCCAUUCCUGUCCAUGCGGACCACAUUCUGGCAUGUGUAUCAUGCUAGAGGCAGUCGUCUCAGGGGUCUCUUUAACGGUGCUCAUGUAAAUUACACUCGCGCAUUAGUUUCUUGGGGAAUCAUAAAUGCAUCGUAUGAAAUACUUCACAAGCUACUGUAUAGUUAACAUCAGGAAUUGUAUAUAGCAACCAUUUUGUAGUUUCUCUAUCUCCUUUUUUCUGUCAAGUGUUAAUGUGUUCUGAAUGAUGUUGAUGACAUUUAUGAAUGACUUCUUAUUCAGGGGAGCAGAUCAGUUUAAGUGAUGAAUUUUGUUUUACAGCAAUCAACCCUAUCAUUGACUAUACUUUAUAUUAUCCUGUCUCCAAAUACUUACAUGUACAUAUGGACAUACAAACACACAUGUACAUUUAUACACAAUGCACAUGUACAGAAUGAUACAUACAAACAUACACACAUGCAUACAAACUUGCAUGCACACAUUCAAAUGGACACACAUAUGCACACACACACAUAACUACACACACAAGUACAGGCACAACCUUUGUUGGGUAUAUUAUGUUAACAGUGAAAGAAAAUUGAUGAAAAUUAAGCAUUAAAAACAGAAAUAAAGAUUUUAUGCUGUCUUCAGCAUAUAGAUUUAAAAAAAGAUGCUUAUGGGAAACUGUUCUUAAAUGUGAGUUGUAGGGUUACAUUUUAUAUGCUGUGUACAUUAGAAAUAUGUUAUGAAUAUGAUGUGUAAUUUGUAAAUGUGAAAGUAGAAUUAAUUAUUUGAUAGUUGUGAAAUUGUGUAAAAAGAAAUGUAAAUACAUGUUUAUGGUUAUUGAA